GGGGAUCCCGAGGCACUCGCGGCCCGGAGUCUGUGAGGCCCGGGAGCAGCGCCAGUCGUCCCGCCUAGCCACAACUUGCCCAGACGAGACAGGCUUCAUCCUGCGCCCUGGAAAAAAAAGCCGGCUCGCCUCUACUAGCUCUGCUUCUCCUCCGCCUCCACGGGCACCGCCUGCGCGACUUGCGCCCCUGGAGUCCGGAUCCCCUUUGUCGUCCCCAUCUGCCUGCAGCGCCCGGCGCCCGCCGAGGAGCGCGCAGCUAGAUGCUGGGGAUAUAACCGUGAGCGAGAGGGAGCACAAUCCUUGUUGCCGCUGAGCCUGCAGUCCAGUGGAUGGAACUGACAGUCCACCUAGCUACCAGGAAAUUAAAAAAAAAAAAAAAAAAAUUCCUGAUGGUCCAAGCAGGGCCUCGCUGGCCACUGAGGAAUGCCUGGCUUUUCUUCAGCCAUCCUUCUCUGUGGUAACCACAGGCAGCCCCAAGAAACCCCAAGAAUGAGAGGCCCGAAAUCUGCAAGGAGCUGCUAGAAAUGUUUUCAAUUUUCCGGAAAACAGAAUGCAGCCCGGAUAUAAGUUUGUAAGGGCCCUGGGCGCGCGCUGACCUCGCGCGGGGCGGGCGCCCUUUGCUGCCGGUACGCCCGGGGGCGCUGUCAUAGCAACGGCCUGGACGCCCAGACUUUAGGCCGCCGCCGCCGCCUCCGGGGUCCCGGCCUUCUCCAGCUCGCAAGGAGUGUGGCGGCGGCGGCCCGGAUUGGCGAGACCAGCCCCCCUCCUUGGAUGCAACCAGAGGCGGCGCACUAGCUUCCAAGCAUGCCCUUCCAGAAGCAUGUGUACUAUCCGCUGGCCAGCGGCCCGGAGGUUCCGGCGGCCACUGCCGCCUCUGCGGCGGGCGCGGCGAGCGCAGCCGCCAUGGCCUGUGUUCCCCCCACCGCGGCUUCGGGGUCCCUGCCCUUCUUCCAAUUCCGACCGCGGCUGGAGAACGUGGACUGGCGGCGGCUGAGCGCCAUCGACGUGGACAAGGUGGCGGGGGCCGUGGACGUGCUCACACUGCAGGAGAACAUCAUGAACAUCACCUUCUGCAAGCUGGAGGACGAGAAGUGUCCGCAUUGCCAGUCGAGCGUGGACCCGGUGCUGCUGAAACUCAUCCGCCUGGCACAGCUCACGAUUGAGUACCUGCUGCACUCGCAGGACUUCCUCACCUCGCAGCUGCACACCCUGGAGGAGCGGCUGCGCUUGACCCUGGCCGACUGCGAGCAGAGCAAGAAGCUGGUCACCAAACAGGCGGGGGAGAUCAAGUUACUCAAGGAUGAGUGUAAACGCAGGAAAAAGAUGAUCUCUACCCAGCAGCUGAUGAUCGAGGCCAAAGCCAGCUAUUACCAGUGUCAUUUUUGUGACAAGGCUUUUAUGAACCAAGCUUUCCUGCAAAGUCAUAUUCAACGCCGCCAUCCUGAAGAUUCUCACCUUGAGUAUAAGAAAAAGGUGCAGACCGAUAAGCUCCAGGAUGAAAUCAACAUAUUGAAGGAACAGCUGCAGCUCACCAAAUCUCAGUUAGAGGCGGCACAGCAUGCACAUGCGGUCAGAUUCUCUAAGGAGUAUGAAAUGCAAAAAACAAAAGAGGAAGAAUUUCUGAAGUUGUUUGAUAGAUGGAAAGAAGAAGAAAAGGAGAAACUAGUUGAUGAGAUGGAAAAAGUCAAGGAGAUGUUUAUGAAGGAGUUUAAAGAACUAACUUCCAAGAAUUCAGCAUUAGAAUAUCAAUUGUCAGAAAUACAGAAGUCCAAUAUGCAGAUCAAGUCAAACAUAGGCACAUUAAAAGAUGCACAUGAGUUUAAAGAAGACCGUCCUCAGUAUCCUCAGGAUUUCCAAAAUGUGAUGCAACUUCUUGAUAGUCAGGAAAGCAAGUGGACAGCUCGAGUUCAAGCCCUUCAUCAAGAACACAAGAAAGAAAAGGGUCGGCUCCUUUCACAUAUAGAGAAACUUCGAACCUCAAUGAUAGAUGAUCUAAAUGCAAGUAAUGUUUUCUACAAGAAAAGAAUAGAAGAGCUAGGCCAGAGACUCCAGGAACAGAAUGAGGUGAUUAUUACUCAGAGGCAGCAGAUUAAAGAGUUUACCAGUAAACCAUUAAACAGUGUCAGUGAACCCAAAGGGAAUCCUUUAGCCUGGCAAACUUUUGAACCUAAGACACCUGCCCCAGCUGUACCUGUGAAUGCUCCAGCACCACAGACUUUGGAUGCUAAAUCAGGUCUAACAAUAGCACAUGAACAGGCAUUCGCAUCACACAUACUGGAACCAAUAGAAGAACUUUCAGAGGAAGAAAAAGUAAGGGAAAAUGAACUCAAAUUAAAUAACAGCAAGGUACAUUUAAGGAAAGCUUUGAAGAAUAAUCCCUCCCUCACUAAGGAAAUAAGAACUGUCUUGGAACAGAGCUUGGUGGAGAAACUGGAAACCUUGGGAAUUAAUGCAGAUAUACGUGGUAUCCCAAGUGAUCACUUGAAUAGAGUGCUGAGAAAUGUGGAAUCAGCAAGACAUGAAAGAGAAAGACAAAUACCUAACAUUCAGCAAAUUCGAGAAUUCCUUGAAUAUCAGGUCAGCUGUAAAAUUGAGGAGAGAACAUUACUGUCUUCAGAUAAAUGCAGUAUUUCUCAAAUGGAUACCCUUGCAACUGGAGAAAGAUCCAAAGCAAUGCAACAUUCUUCCAAAAGCAGACAUUUGAUUAGACAAAGACCAGUUUUUACUGAUAGAACAUCUGUUCCAAAAAUUCGGAAAAAUAUCCUAGAAGAUAAUUUUCCCGGAAAGCCAUCUACUGUUACGACCCCUCCCUUUAGUUCAGAGGAGGAAUUGGAUGAUGAUGACUUCGUACAGGCAUAUGCAUCCCCAGACUUACCUCCUCUGCAAUCAUCUAAAAGCAACAAGGGUAGCUUUGCAAUGAAUACUGCCAAAAGUGACACUGACUGGACCAAAGAGAGUGAAAUUGAGGACUCUGAUGUUUCUCCCAAGCCUGCAGGAACCGCCAUUAAAACACUAACUGAAAAAGUUGAAAAAACAGUUACAAAUCACAGAAAUGUUAAUAAACUAGUUGGUGGUAUUAAUGUUGCUGAGGCAUUCAUCAAAGAAGAAGAAAUACCAGAAGGACUAAAGUGUGCAGAUGUGGAUGAGGAUGACUGGGACAUAUCAUCCUUAGAGGAAGAAAAAUCUUUGGGGGAAAAAACUGGGAAAGAACAGAAGGAACCUCCACUGGUGAAGAAUGAAUCAAAUUCUACUCACAUACCAAGUGCCUGGGGUGCAUCUAAUGCUAGAGGGCCAAAGGGAGAAGGACUUCAAGAAAAUGAAUCAAGCACAUUAAAAAGCAGCCUGGUAACUGUGACUGAUUGGAGUGACUCCUCAGAUGUAUAACUAGAAUUCCAAAUGUCAGAAGAUUCUUCCAGAAGCCAACAGUAUUUCAGUGUCACAGCAUUUUAAGCUCAUGCCUUAUAGUAUUUCCUACAAUAACAAGGAAGCUUAUUCAGAGAACAAGGCUCUCUUUAAUGGCAUCUAAUACAGUAUUAAACAAGAUUGUCAGCAGUAUUUGGAAGCAUAUAAAGGUGUUCAAGUCUUCAGUUGCUUAAAAAUAACAUGUCAUCAAAGUCAUAAAAAGCUUCAGAAUGGUAAUCUAGUGUUAAGUGUAUUUUUUUCAAAUAGUUUUUAAGUGAAUUUUUUUCUUUUUUAGCUUAUUAUAGCAGGUUUUGGUUUGAAUUAUUAAACUUUUUAAGAAGAUUUACUUUUUUAUGUAAAUCAUCACAUAUGGAAUGUGAUAUAAAAUUCUGUUAGUAUCCUCAAAAUUGAAUUAGUGGAAUCAGUGAAACCUUAAGAGUGGACUGGUUAUUUUUCAUAUGUAAGUUUUCAAAUUAUAAUAUAGCUAUGCCCAUUGUAAGCACAUUUUCCUGAAAUACCUUCAUCAUAUGCAGUAUUGAGCCAUUGUAAGCAUGUUGCUGUUAAAACAAUUAUUUUAGAAGUUAAAUACUAUUUCUGGAGUAUAACCUUUAAUUUGGAUAUUUUAUGAAUAAAAUGUAGCUAUUUUAAGUGCCAAUUAAUUUAUCAGAAUAUAAAUAGAAAAGAUUGAGUAAUUACUGAAUUCAUGUUUAUGUAGUUUUUUAAAAAAAAAUUUUUAAAUGUAAAACCCGAAUUAUAAAAUACCUCAAAAGAAAUUUAGUUAUAUUCUUGAGCAAUGACAUUGUCAAAGGUUAGAAAAUUCAUAUGAGCUGUUUUUGCAUUUUUUUAUACUUUGUGGUACUAUCUGUAGUCUGUUUCCAAAAAAGUAACAAUUUAAAUGAUGUGUUGGGUUUUGGAGUUCUUCAUUUUGUUAACCUUUCAAGUAAAGCCCUUCAUUACAUCA